AUGCGCGAUCGGCUCCCGGACCUGGCGGGGAAGCGGGUGUUCGCGGUGGGGCCGCUGCUGGAGGCCGUGCGCUGCGGCGGCGGCCCGUCGCCACCGGCCAAGCUGGACGCGUGGCUGGAUGCAUUCGACGACGGCUCCGUCGUGUACGUCGCCUUCGGGACGCAGCAGGCUUUGUUGCCGGCGCAGGUGGCGUGCGUGGCUGACGCCUUGGCGCAAAGCUCGGCCGCGUUCGUCUGGGUGGUGACGAGCGGCACCGUCUUGCCGGAGGGGUUUGAGGCGGCCACGGCCUCGCGAGGCGUGGUGAUCCGUGGGUGGGCGCAGCAGGUGGAGAUCCUGCGCCACCCAGCCGUGGGGUGGUUCCUCACGCACUGCGGCUGGAACUCGGUGCUCGAGGCGGCCGCGGCCGGCGUGGCGAUGCUCACGUGGCCGAUGACCGCCGACCAGUUCACGAACGCGUGGCUGUUUGCCCUGGCCGGCGUGACCGUGCCAGUGGCGGAGGGCGUCGACACCGUGCCUGACACCGGACGGAUGGCGAGCACCAUCGCGGCAGCUGUCGGCAGGGAUGGGGAGUCCGAGGCUGCGGGGGAGCGCGCGGUGGAGCUCGGCCGGAAGGUGGUGGCUGCGGUGGCGGAGGACGGUACUUCUCACAGUGACUUGGACGACCUAGUAUGCAUGCUGAAUGACGUCGGCUAG